CGGUUCUGGUGCUCCGAGCCUGCCGGGCACGGUACUGGGAGCCCAGCGCCGCCGGGAGCCGCCCGCUCCGUCUGCCCCGGGAGCCGCCGCGGGAGCCUCCUGCAGGUUGAGCAGCCUGGAUCACACUUCUAGGGACCUGAAACGAGGCACCUGCCUGGUGCAUGUUUAGCAUCACCUGAAUUCUUGAGGGAUUGCUCCUUCUUGAAGGAUUGCUCCUGGCAGCAAGGAUUGCUCCUGGCCCCUGGAAGCAGCACACAGGACAAGCUUGGCUAGAAAGAGAUACAUGGGACACACAGACUACUAAAGACUAGAACAGGCUCUGUGCUUCAAGUCCUGAGAUUUGUGAAGGAAGAAUUCCAUCAAGGUGCCUGAAGACCAUGGAGGGAGACUGUCUGAGCUGCAUGAAGUACCUCAUGUUUCUUUUCAAUUUCUUUAUUUUUCUGGGAGGAGCAUGCCUGCUGGGAGUUGGGAUCUGGGUCAUUGUGGAUCCCACAGGUUUUCGAGAGAUUGUGGCUGCCAACCCCCUGCUCUUCACAGGAGCCUACAUCAUGCUGGCCAUGGGGGCCAUGCUCUUCCUCCUGGGAUUCCUGGGCUGCUGUGGGGCCAUCCGGGAGAACAAAUGCCUCCUGCUUUUUUUCUUCAUGUUUAUUUUGUUAAUCUUCCUGGCAGAGCUUUCAGCUGCAAUCCUGGCUUUUAUCUUCAGAGAAAAUCUGACCAGAGAGUUUUUCACCAAAGAGCUGAAGACCCAUUACUUGAGGAACAACGACACAGAUGUCUUCUCCUCCACCUGGAACUCAGUGAUGAUCACAUUUGCCUGCUGUGGAGUGAAUGGCCCAGAAGAUUUUGAAGCUGUCCCUCCCCAUCCCCACUCCCCUUCAGACGAGGUGACACCCGAGGCUUGCUGCCAGCGGGAGCUCCAGAGCCGGGAAGGGAUCUUUGUCAACAAGGAUGCCUGCCUCACGGGAGUGGAGAGGUUCCAGAACAGACAGGGCUGCUACACAGUGAUCCUGAACUCCUUUGAGACCUACGUGUACCUUGCAGGAGCUCUUGCCAUCGGAGUGCUGGCCAUUGAGCUGUUUGCCAUGAUCUUUGCCAUGUGUCUCUUUCGAGGGAUCCAGUAAGAGGUGGCCCCUGAGCUCCCACCUUCCCUCUGUACUCAGAAGAAAGAUCAGAAGCAAGGAAAACCUGAAAACACCCAAAAGACUUUAUUUUUUUA